AUGUCUUGGACGCUUGCGUUCCUCUUGUUGCUGCCCACGACGUCGGCCUUCUCGCUUAUGAAACAUGAUAGCAGCCCUCUUUUCACCAAGUCGUUCCAAGUGCACACGCUCUCCUCGCAGAACUACGACACAAUGCUGAAGGAUUCUGACAUCGUCUGGUUAGUUGAUUAUUAUGCGCCGUGGUGUCCACACUGUCGACACUUCGCCCCCGAGUGGGAACGUGUCGCCAACUUCUACGCUAAGACCGAUAAAGUACAAGUAGGGGCUGUCGAUUGCACCCAGAACAGCGAGAUCUGCAACAAUGAAAACAUCCACGGUUAUCCUGGUGUGAAAAUCCACCAUGUACCGGCAGAUGCAGAGAAGGCGGUGAUGAUGGCACGAGGUGCAAGGGGCAGCAAAUCAGUAGUUGACUGGGCUGAGAGGCUUAUGGAGGAGCACGGCAUUAAGUCUGGCGUGAAUGUGGAGGAACUAGCAGCGCAGUUGAAGAAUUUUAGAAAUGCUGGCUCACUUGAAAUGAAGUACAAACGGCUAUAUGACGCGGGUAUAGCAGCGGUAUCGACCUUUCAGAACGGGUUCUUUAUGGGGUCUAAUGUACUGGAAGGCGAAAGGUACGAUGUGGCCUUGAUGUGGGUGGAAGCACUUGCGGCGUCUUUUCCGAUGGAGAAAAACCGACACGUGCUGGCUAUGCUGGUGGGGUCAAUGAAGACAAGUAAUCACUGGAAUCAUGCUGACUGGAAGAUAUUGCUGAAAAACUGGAAGGAGGCGGCGAGUGACAAGACGUUUCCAGCUAAUCUGUUCACGUCAAGUGAGGAUAAGAGUUAUGUAUUUUGCAAGACGUAUACUUGCGGAUUGUGGUCACUGUUGCACAGUAUCACUGUGAGUGAUGUCAAAGUCAGCAAGAAAUCGGCGACUCAGCCGUGGAAGCCAAGCAGGACCGUGGCAGCUAUUAGGCUGUAUGUCAAGAACUUUUUCGGAUGCGAAGAAUGCAGGGAGCAUUUCAUGUCGUCCAAUCCGGAAAGCAUUGUUAAAGAACUUGCUGUGAGUGACGAGGAAGGGCCCCAUGCUGUUGUUAUGUGGAUCUGGAAGAUGCACAACAAAGUGAAUAAAGCUCUCAAGAAGCAGCAGUGGCCGUCAAAGACAGCAUGCCCAGUCUGCUACGUGGAAAAUGGUGAGCCAAUAUCGCUUGAUCCGGUGCGACUCUAUGAGGACGAGAUUGUCGCGUAUGUAACAAGCGCCUAUGGACACGAUGACGAGGAGAUUUAUGCAAUGGAUGCCGCGUACAACGGCACAAUCGUUGCACUGUGGUCGUCGACGCAAGGCUUUAGCGCAAUGAUGAUGGUUCUGGGAUUCUUCGCGUUGCUCGGAGUAGCCUACAAAACGAGAAGGCACCGAGGCUUUGACCGAAAGAGGAAUAUGAUGCGAGAUCACAUUGCAUAA